UAAGUAGCAGCUCAGCUCAGUGUCAGUUUGGAGCAAUUUCUAUUAUUAUUUUUUUCUCAAAAUUUGGAAACAAAAACGUUCGCUAAUUUGUAUGUAAAUAAACCGAAUGACCGAAGUUUGUGGAAAUUAUUUUGUCGGUAACGCUGAUUCUCCCUUUAAUAUUCGCAACCCGAGUUCUAAUGUUAACUGUGUGUUAAUUAUAAAAUCAUUAAAAUAUCGAAUGUGCCCACAUACAUACAUAAAGUUAACCAAUUUAAAAUUAAUUUUGAAUACAAAGAUAUCAACGAUGGAAAACCUACAUUAUGAGAAGAUUGAUACCAUUUUAUUUAAACAACUUUAAGGUACGUGUACACAUACUUGCAUUUCACCAGUUUACUAAAAGGGGAUUCAAUUUAAGGAAGACGGGUUUGGUUUACUUCUAAACCCAAUAAGAAAGUAAAUACAACACAUAAAAGACAAGAAAUCUUUUAAAAAGACUCAAGAUGCGGACAACGAACUUUGCUUACCGCACUGCGAUAGCGUUAGCUACAAUUGCUUGUUUUGCUUGCUUGCUGCCCACAGCCUACGGACGCAUGGCAUUCGAAAAGCUAACAGACUUCGAUUUUGCCGGCACGUCAUACUUUAGUGUGAAAAACCUGUCACUAUACGAAUGUCAGGGUUGGUGUCGCGAAGAACCGGAUUGUCAAGCAGCAGCAUUUAGUUUCGUUGUGAAUCCACUGUCACCAUCACAAGAAACACAUUGCCAGCUGCAGAAUGAUUCGAGUGCACACAAUCCGUCAGCUGUGCCACAAAGGUCAGCUAACAUGUACUACAUGGUAAAGUUGCAGUUGCGCAGUGAGAAUGUUUGUUUAAGACCAUGGUCUUUCGAACGUGUUCCGAAUAAAAUUAUUCGUGGUCUCGAUAAUGCCCUGAUCUAUACAAGCACAAAAGAAGCUUGCCUAUCGGCUUGUUUGAAUGAGAAGCGAUUCGUCUGCCGGUCAGUUGAGUAUGACUACAACAACAUGAAGUGCGUGCUUAGUGAUUCGGACAGACGAAGCAGUGGACCAUUCAUUCAGUUGGUUGAUGCUCAGGGAACUGAUUACUUUGAGAACUUAUGUCUGAAACCCCAACAAGCUUGUAAGAAUAGUCGACAGUUUGCAAAUGCUCGUAUGGGAGUGUCUGAUGAAAAAGUUGCUCAAUAUGUUGGCUUGCACUAUUACACUGACAAGGAGUUGCAAGUGACAUCUGAGUCUGCGUGUCGACUUGCCUGCGAGAUUGAAACUGAGUUCCUUUGCCGAUCAUUUUUGUACCUUGGCCAACCACAGGGUUCCCAAUACAAUUGUAGACUUUACCACUUAGAUCACAAGACUCUGCCUGAUGGACCGUCAACAUAUUUGAAUGGGGAACGUCCUUUGAUCGAUCAUGGUGAACCAAUCGGACAAUAUUUUGAGAAUCAAUGUGAAAAAGCACCAGCAGUAGCUCCGGGCACGCCACCACAAGAUAACACUCUCCCGGUCAGCAUUGAUGCAACCGAAGAUCCAAACCUCAAUAACUUGACAAGAACUGAUGUGAAUUGUGAUAAGACUGGAACUUGUUAUGAUGUAUCGGUUCACUGCAAAGACACACGAAUUGCUGUUCAAGUUCGUACAAACAAGCCAUUCAAUGGACGUAUUUAUGCUUUAGGACGAUCAGAGACAUGUAAUAUUGACGUCAUCAAUUCAGAUGCAUUUAGGUUAGAUUUGACGAUGGCUGGACAGGAUUGUAAUACCCAAAGUGUGACUGGUGUAUAUUCGAAUACAGUUGUUCUUCAACAUCACAGUGUUGUUAUGACUAAAGCUGAUAAAAUAUACAAAGUCAAAUGCACAUAUGACAUGAGUUCCAAGAACAUCACAUUCGGAAUGAUGCCAAUCCGUGAUCCAGAAAUGAUUCACAUCAACUCAUCGCCAGAAGCUCCACCACCAAGAAUUCGUAUUCUCGAUACUAGACAACGUGAAGUCGAGACUGUACGUAUCGGAGAUCGUCUCAUGUUCCGUAUUGAAAUUCCUGAAGACACUCCCUAUGGAAUUUACGCACGAUCGUGUAUUGCCAUGGCCAAGGAUGCCCGUACCAGUUUCAAAAUCAUCGAUGAUGAUGGUUGUCCAACUGAUCCAACAAUAUUCCCUGGAUUCACUGCUGAUGGCAAUGCUCUUUUGUCAACUUACGAAGCCUUCCGAUUUACUGAGAGUUACGGUGUGAUUUUCCAAUGUAAUGUCAAGUAUUGUUUGGGACCUUGUGAGCCCGCUGUUUGUGAAUGGAAUAUGGAAUCAUUUGAAUCACUGGGCAGGAGAAGGCGUCGUUCUAUUGAAAGUAACGAAACCAAAGAAGCCGAUGAUGAUAUGAAUAUUUCACAAGAAAUUCUGGUCCUUGAUUUUGGAGAUGAGAAACGAGAAUUUUUCAAGGCGGAUCCAAGUACCGAUUUCGCCAAAGAUAAGACUGUCACAAUAAUCGAGCCAUGUCCAACAAAGACGUCCGUCCUAGCUCUUGCCGUUACAUGUGCCCUAAUGAUCCUGCUUUACAUUUCAACUCUUUUCUGUUAUUAUAUGAAAAAAUGGAUGCAACCACAUAAGAUUGUUGCCUAA